GAGAAUCUCCCCAGUCAGGGUAAAUCUGCCAACGAACGAAGACGUGCCUGCGUGCCGGAUUGUGUUCUAUAUGUACAUCAACGAUGUCGCGUUCGCGAAGAACCGGCAAGGGAAAUCGUACGAGAGGAUAAACUCAACGAACUUUCGAUUAAUUUCAUGAUAAAAAUUAAUCGAAACCCUUACAACGGGGAUACAAUCGAUAAAUGUCUAUACCUAUAUAUACAUAUAUGUAUAUGAACUGUACACACGCAUAGUAAUAGGGAAAGAGAUAGAGAGAGAGAGAGAGAGAGAGAGAGACAGAGAGAGAGAGAGAGAUAAUAUAUCGAGAAAAUAUUAUUGCUAUGUGAUCUGUGCGGGUCGUGUUAUUGAAAUAAAUAACUUUUGAUAUCGUGUUUGACUUGGUGAUCUUCGAAAGAUAAGAUUCUAUUUCGUAGAUUGGAUUCAGUGAAAGAAAACUAAAUACAACUUUGGAAUGAAGAUCAAAGAGAGAGAUCGUAUAUUUUUGGUGCGUCGUUGAAAUGAUUCGUUCAUUACUUUCGAAUGGUGUUAAACGUAUCGGAAAUAAAGAAAAAGUAAAAAGGAUUUUGUGAUUGUAAAGUGAAGGGACAAGUUUGAAGAAUAAAACUUGUAGUGACUUGAGUGACUUCAAGUUGAACGAUACGAUCGAAAAGGGAGAAGUCAUUUUUGUGCCGCCGCGUAAAAAAAAAGAAAGAAAAAGAAAAAGAACAAAAAAUAGGAAUCAACGGUUUUAAUAAUAUGAACUUGAAAUAAUGGGAGAAGAAACGAAGAGAAUAAUGUGAAUCGUUUUAAUAAAUAAACAUAAGUGAUAACGUUUCAACAGAAAAUUCUCUUGGAAAUGGCUCUGAGAUGGCAAGCCAGGCUCUCCAUCGCUGCCAUACUCUUCAUGUGUACCGAAGACACGUUGAGCCUGGGUGAUCGCACAUUGGAUAACAUGGAUAGAAGAACGAGUCAGAGUAAUAGAGCACGUCAACAAAUAUUGGAUAAUACAUCUGGUCUGAAACUGAAACCUGAACCAAGUUUCGACUAUUCGCAAACUACAAACGUGACUGCGUUGAUCGGUAAAACGGCCUAUCUGAUUUGUCGGGUACGUCAUCUCGGUAACAAAACGGUAUCCUGGGUGAGGCACAGAGACAUACACAUCCUGACGGCCGGAACGUACACGUAUACGAGCGAUCAACGAUUUCAAGCGCUUCAUGAAAAAACAACAGGUCAAAACAGCGAAUGGUCGGAGUGGACACUUUGCAUUAAGUGGGCGCAAGAGAGAGAUCAAGGGAUCUACGAGUGUCAGAUAUCUACCAUACCUGUUAAAUCUCAUCAGUUUCGAUUGAACGUCGUUGUACCAACAGCGACGAUACUAGGUGGUCCAGAAAUGUACGUCGGUGCAGGAAGUACGAUAAACCUGACGUGCGCCAUACACUUCAGUUCUGAGCCACCGGUCUACAUCUUCUGGUACUGCAAUGAGAACGUCCUCAGCUACGACAGUCCCAGGGGCGGUGUUUCGGUGAUAACCGAAAAGGGUGGCGACGUCACAACCUCCUGGCUCCUCAUCCAAGCUGCACAACCCUCGGACUCAGGGGAAUACAGCUGUAAACCCAGUAAUGCCAAUACGGCCUCCAUUAGGGUUCACGUACUCCAUGGCGAACGACCGGAAGCAAUGCAAACCGGAACAGCGGGACCCACUCUAUCUUCGAGCUGUCUUUUGGUGUCUCUCAUCAUUUUGUACAUAUCCUCGAUGUAAACGAACUUAAAUAACCUUAACGAAUGUCGCUGCUGCAUAUGUCGUCGUUUUUUUAGAUCGAGUUACGAAACCAUCGAGGUACGUUCUCCUUUUGAAAUAGUUCUCGAUCGAUGAAAUCGAAUAAAAAUCAUUUCUUAUGAAUUAAGAGGAAAAAAAAAGAAAAAAAAAAGAAAAAAAGAAAAAAAAAAUAAUAGAACGACGUUCUCGCGUUCUUAUUUAGAUAUCCUUAGACAAUCGGUCGAAGCCGUACACACCGAUCGAUCGAUCGAUCGAUCGAAAAGAAUAUAAGAAUGGAUCCUAAUGUUAAUAAUAUUAGGAAUUCGUGACCGUAAAAUUUUCUCAUGUCGCGAAUAGUUAGAAGUAAUUGGAGGAAAUUAUUCGAUAAUCCGAAUGAUCCUCAUGAAGAAAGUAACCGAUUGCGAGAGGAAACGGUUUAAGGGUUAAAAGACGAUCGUCGUGAAGUUUUCUUUUCUUUUUUUCUCGUCCCUUUUUUCCUCUUUUCUAAUUUUCUUUCUUUCUUCUUCUUCUUAUCUCAUCUCUUACGACCGAUCGAAAAAUUUCUCUUAGAAAUUAUCGACGUUAAUCGUAAAGUUACGAACGUAAAAUCGUUUACGUUCGUACGAUAAAUAAUUCCGUUAUUUACGAGCGGUAUUAAUUAUCGAACAGAUUCAUUCAUCGAUUUAUCGAAUUUUCGACGGGGUAUAAAAGAAGAAAAAGGAGAAAGAGAGAAAGAGAGAAAGAGAAAAGAGAAAGCAAGAUUUCUUCGGGAUCAUUUGAAGUUUCAUUGGAUUCAACGAUAAUAAUAAUACUUAAUUCCUCUCGUAGGUGUUAAUUAACUCGUCGGUGUCGAAAUAGCUAUGAAAAUUUGUAUAUACGCAAAAUCCAUUGUGUAUCGUUGACACGAAAACUUGAAAAUAAAUCGGCGUGUAUCUAGGGUCAACGGAGAGAGAUCCAAUUAUAAAGAUGUAUGUGCGUGCGUGUACGUGUGAACGAACGUGUGUGUAUAUGUACGUAUCCUGUAUGUGUAUGUAUGUAUGUAUGUAUGUAUGUAUGUAUGUGUGUAUGUGUGUGUAUGUGUGUAUAGGUAGAUAUAUCAAAACGAUCCGUUUGCGUUGAACCACGUUUCUCCCUUCGGCAAAACUCUACAGAAGAUAAUUAUUAUUAAUUAACAAAUCCUGUAAUUUGGCAACGUUAAUUAACGGCACACGCUGGAUUAAAUUCAAUGAUUUAUCAGGCACGAAAUUGAAAAAGAAAGAGAAAGACUGGACAAUCGUUUUUCAAUUCAAUUGUUAUGUCCCUCCUCUCCCUGCGACAACGACGAAUCAACGUUCGAAUGAUCGUUUUGUAGAAUUUACGUGAAUUUGCCAUUCCGCGCGACGAGUUAACGCGUGACACGAAGCUUAAUGAACGAUAUGAACGCAUCAAAGCGAGAACCGCGUAAACGGAUACGUUUGUGUUGUCGAUUAACGGAUAUAAAAGUGUUCCAAAGAGAGAAAGAGAAUGAGAGAGAGAGAGAGAGAGAGAGAGAGCUUUUGAAAUUAUUUAAAGAAAGAAAUUUUAUUCGGAUGAUACAAAAUGAAAUAAAGAAUAAAAUGGGAUAAUACUCUGAUACAGAAAAUUGUAUUACCUGAGACAAAUAAACAAUGAGAGAUAUAAUAAUAAAUGUCGAAAAGAAAGGAAAAGGAAAAUAAAGGAGGCAAAAAAAAAAUGUGAAAAAGGAGAGAAAAAAAAAAUUAGGGACGUUGUAUAUAUUCGCUUUUUUCUUUUUUUUUUCUUUUUUUUUUUUUCUUUUCUUUUUUUCUUCUUCCCUUUUUCCACUUGCGUGCUGAGUAACGAUAAAGUGAAUGAAGCAAGUAAAAAAUUCGGAAGAUGUACUAAGAUAUACAUCCAUCUACUUUUAAUCUCUCUCUCUCUCUCUCUUUCAUUUUCUCUCUCUCUCUCUUUCAUUUUCUCUCUCUCUCUCUCUUUCUCUCUCUCUCUCUCUCUCUCUCUCUCUCUCUCUCUUUCUCAUCAAUUUCUCAAGCAAGUACUCAAGUUCAUUAUAAAUCCCAUAAUAAAUCACGUCGAUGGUAGCUCAAAGCAUCGUCCUUAUUAUUAAUCAUUUGACAGGAUAAAAUGAAAAGAAAGAAAGAGAGAAAAAAAGAAGAGAGAGAGAGAGAGAGAGAAACAAAAAAAGAAUAAAAGAAAUGAAAUGAUUAUAUUUCAAUCCUAAUCAUUUCUAAGGAAUCAUUAGUCGAUCAUAUAAAAAUCAUCAUAAAUAUUAUUGAUCAUAAAUAUAAUUGAUCAUAAAUAAUUAUAUUUACAUUGUGUGACGAUCUAAUAACAGGAUAAAUUUUAUUUAUUCUUUAUUAACAAUAAUACGUUUAAUCGAAUGGAAAAUUUCAUUGCGUAGAUCAUCACGGUCGGUCGUUUGUUAAUAUAAAUUUUAGUUACCGAUUCGUAAGACUACGUACUACGUACGUAAUAUAAUACAUACAUUCAUACAUUUAUAUAUGCAUACAUACAUACAUACAUACAUACAUAUAUCUGUUUCACUAAUGUGCAGGUUGCUGGGCAAAGAGCUAAAUAACGAUAGGUUAACGUUAACGUUAACUCGUUGAUAACACGGUCAAAGCGGGUUUCGUUCAUCGAUGUAAUCACGUUCACGUUCAGAAAUGUAAACGACGUUCCUAUGUGUGUAUUUACAUCUACGGUCUUACGGUGUAUACGUGUAUUACGUGUUUGCGUAUAUUCGUGAAUCGAAUUUAAUAUUCUUAAUCGACCGUGAUAUUAACUUAACAAAAGAUUUUAAACUGCUGAUUCGAUAAUUUGUCUUUUAAUAAACUCCUUCUUGUUUCGUAAGACAUAAAAUAAAAUGAAAGAGAAAGAGAGAGAGAGAGAGAGAGAGAGAGAGAGAUGGAGAGAGAGAGAUGGUUGAAAUGUUUCCCUUAAGGAAAAAGUAAGAGACAGAAGGAGAGAGGGAGGGAGAGAGAGAGGGAUAAGUUAAAACCUAUACACGGUCGAUCGUAAAAUAUAAAGAGAGCCUCGAGGGCCACGAAAACUCGGAAGAAUAAUUGCGGUGGUUUCCGGCGGGAAAAAAGAAAGAGAGAGAGAGAGAGAGAGAGAGAGAGAGAGAGCAAAGUU